GUGAGAGACCUGCUUAUAAAGUAAUUUUUCUUUCCAAUUUGCCCCAGCCCAAGGCCGUCUUCCUCUCAUCCUUUCUCCCUCGAGUUCCUUUACCUCCUGAGCUGCAAUCAGCCGCUUCUCCCACAAAGCUACGUCGUCGCCUCUCUCUCUAUAACCUUCUUUCUAGUUGAGCGAUUUGAAUACGAACACGAUUAAAUCGUUGUAAAAGUUGGUGUUCGAUUUGGUUGUAAACUAUUAGAGAAGUUUGAUGGAUACCAAUAAUUGGAGGCCCACCACUGGCCAAGGCCCUGUAGGAGGAGGGAUAGGAGGUGGAAGAGAAGCAGGAGAACCCACCAUGGACGCCGGCGAUUGGAGGACCGGAUUGCCGUUCGAUUCUCGUUCAAGAAUUGUCAACAAAAUAAUGGAUACAUUGAAGAGGCAUCUACCCAUUUCUGGUCAAGAAGGUUUACAUGAACUCAGGAAAAUAGCUACCAGGUUUGAGGAAAAGAUUUUUACUGCUGCCACAAGUCAGGGAGACUACCUACGAAAAAUAUCUAUAAAGAUGCUUACAAUGGAAAUGAAGUCUCAGAAUCCUCCAGCCAAUUCUUUGCCGUCCAACUCUGCUGGCAAUGGCAAUAGGCCCCCAGAUCUGGGAGGGCAUCAUCCUAGUGAUGAAGACGAUGGCUCUGAGGAUGACGAGUUUUAUUACCACUCACAAGACGAAGUGUCGGAAGAAGCAGAUGGUCCUCCACCAACUUCAUCGCCUGACAACUCAACCGGAAACUAUGGACAAUAGUCGUCAUGCACACGACAAUACUCAUUUAGACAAGGAGUUUAUACGUAGCAGGUUGUGUUGAAGCAAGUUUCGAGAGUGGUGAAGAGACUGGACUUGACGAAGUUGACUGAUGGGGUUGCUUUGUUAUAUGAAAGAUGUUAUGGUUAUGCUUUGUUAUAUGAUUAUUCUGUUUAGAUUUGAAGUAUGGAGACUAUUUGAAGGACAAGUUUGUAAUUUCUGGAGUAUGAUACUCCGAUACAAUAUGUUAUGUUUUCGGUUGUGUUUUUAUUUAUGGACCAUGAACGAUAAUGCUAUGUUUGAAAAUUAUGAUGAAAUUGGGAUAUUAAUUUA